GGAAGACCAAGUGAUCACCAUCCAGGCCAGCUCCCUGCUGCCAGAAGCUGCUGGCAUGGCUGCCCAAAGCCUCCAUGGUCAUAUCUACCUCUAUCUGCUCAUGUCCUUCUUUGUGGGAGGGUCCAAAGUCCCCUGUGAGCAGCAUCUGCGCUCCCGAAAAGUCCAGCAGGAGUCCCUGCUGGAGUCCCUGCAGUGGGAGGCCUACUGGGUGCCCCUGAUGAUCAUCCUGGGUGGCUGCUGUGCUAUGGCCUGGAGCAUCCUCUUCAUUGCCUAUGACGUGGGCCAGGAGAGGGGGAAGGUGCUACCAAAGAUCCCUCCUGCCCAGGAGGAGGAGCAGGAGGAGGAGGGGGGACCCAGACAGAUGCCUCCUGAGGAGACGAAGGCGGACUCUAACCUGCUAGAAAGUAAAAACUCAAAAGAAUUGCUUGGGAUUCCGCUACAGACAAAGGGAUCCAAAGAAGGAAUUGAGCUAAACCCAAAAGGAUCCCAAGAGGCGAUUGGGAAUCCCCAGCAAAGUGAAGAAAGCAAAGGAGCCAAGGAGGGACUUGAAAAUCAACUGGAAAUCAAAAGAUUCCAAGUUGGGGUCGAGAACCAGCUGGAAAGAAAAGGAUCCCGGGAGGUGAUUGGCUCCCCUUUCCUGCAGGGGGAAAAUGAUCCCACCUCCUUUAGAUCCAAUCAGGGAGAAGACCAGCCAUGUGGGAAGCUCUGGACCACCAUGGAGAAGGAGCUGGAGAGGCUCCUGAAGCUGCUGCGCUUCUGCCGGUCCUCUGGGCCAGGUCCCUUGGUUGAUGGGUUCCUGGCCCCUGCAGUCGAGGAGGCCAUACCCCCUCCAGCCACAAAGACUCCCAAUCCUGCAGCAGAAGAGAUCCCGCAUCCAACCCCAGCACAAGAGCCACCGACCGCCCCAACCGAGGAGACCCCAAGGUCACUCAACUCCAGGCAGAGUCCGGCUACGAUGCAUCUCAUCAUCUGUGGGCUUCUCAGCAGUGCAUGUCAGAACAGGGGCCGAAGAAGGCGGGAUGGGAGCAGAGGGCGCAAAUAAACUCCGUGUACACUCA